AUGACAGUUCCGUCAAGCACGGAUGCUGUUGGCAGCGAGCUGUCCGAACAGGAUUACAUCAAUUCUUUCUCGAAGAGGAUACUGAGGGAGAAGACUGGUAACUUCCAGUCGCGGAAGCGAUCGCGCAGUGGGGCUACGAUAUACGACACGGUCCCAACUGGUACGGAGAGUAAUUGGGGGAAUAAGUUAUUACAGAAGAGCGAGUGUGUCACGCGAAGCCAACUGUACCAGCCGAACCUCGCGGAUGAGGAUAAGAUAUACUACAAUGGAUCCGAACACAGUAUAUUGCAGAGGGGACACGGUCAGGAUUUAGAUGAGUUUGACCUCAAUAAAAUGGUCAACGUCCGUCAGAUCCUCACCCCUGUGGCCUCGCUGGCAGCUAUUGUACGCAAGAAGAGUACGGCGAGAACGUUCUCCAGCAAGAGGCUUGGGGAGCUUUCGCUUAAGACGGUGCUGAUGCUUGAAAGAGAGCAGGAUUCCGUCAUCCGGUACUCGCGUCUUUUGGAUGUGUUUUUGGGCGAAUACCCAAGACCACUGUACGAGAAGACGCUGAAACUGAAGGACUAUGAUCACAACCUGACGCUACCGGAGGAUGAGGAGGGACCGGAUGCGCCCAUUGUCAAAGCCCCAAGGCUGGAGCCUGCUCCAAUAUCGUCACCCAACGAGAGCACCACCGUGUUGGAGCAGAGUGCUGAAGACAUUGCCAACUCGACCAUAGAACCAGAGGUUCAGCCUAAGUCUGCCCGUAAUAGUCCCCUUGCAUCGGAUAUCCCACCUGCAAGGAUUCAAGAAGAAGAAGACGAUGAGGACGAUGAUCCCUUCUUUGCAUUGCCUCAAAUAACGCAGCGAGAUGGGUUAGAGUUACUGGUGGGUAAAGUACAGAAUUUUGAACUGGCAGAGCAGAUGGAAAUUACAAGACAGAUGGCGCAGAUUGCGUUACAGAGGAACGAUGAGUUUAUAAGAAACUUGAAGAAAAUAAGGAACUUUAUUGAUAAAGCGAAUCGGGUGAGGAGCAGGAUCCUGAGCUGGUCGCGAGAAGCAUGCGGCAUCCAAGACGAAGGUGUCACUGUUCCAAACGUCCUAAGUGUUGUGAAGAGAGGGUUGAUCAGUGCCACCACGAACAGAUCCAUGAGGGGUCAGGAUGAUGAGGAGGGCAGAGAUGACACUUCAUCCGGGCGAAGUGGAGAAUAUGAAACUGAGCCACAAUUGCCCCACCAAAGCAUGUAA